CUGUGUGGCAGAAACGAUGUUUUUGCACUUCGCUUUGUAGACGCGCUCCUGCAGUUCCAUUGAACAAAGCCUCUGCAAAGUCCCCAGCUUAUGAAAUAUUUCCUCUCCAUUGGGUCGCAGUCAGGGGAUGGCAUCUGCAGAGCCAGAAAAGGAAGCUCUUGCCUUAUAGAGAGCACUCGUGGGGUGACACAAUGGCUGAUAUAAAGUGUCAGAGGAGCUGAGCUGAAGGCAAAGGAACAAAGGAAGAUCCAGAUCCAGUGGCUGUGGAGAGCCAGAAGUGUCUUGAGGAUGGAUAAAUUUAAGGCUGCGCUUGUACUGGCCGGGGUAGGGGAUGCUCUUGGUUACAGAAAUUUCUCCCGACAGGACAAUGCUUUAGGUGCAAAAAUCCAACAGGAGCUGAAGGAAAUCGGAGGGCUGGAGAACCUGGUGCUCUCCCCAGACAAAUGGCCAGUAAGUGACAACACGCUCAUGCACAUGGCUACAGCAGAGGCUGUCAUCACAGAUUACUGGUGUUUGGAGGACUUGUACCGGGAGCUAGUGAAGCGCUACGUGGAUGCUGUGGACAAACUCUCAGGGAGGCGGCCAGACCCUGCAACCAUCGAGGGCUGCCGGGAGCUGAAGCCAGAUAAUUACCUUCUGGCAUGGCACACUCCAUUCAAUGAAAAGGGUUCUGGCUUUGGAGCAUCUACAAAAGCAAUGUGCUUAGGGAUGCGUUACUGGAAGCCAGAGAGGCUGGAGUCACUUAUUGAAGUGAGCAUUGAGUGUGGACGAAUGACUCACAACCACCCUACAGGCUUUCUAGGCUCCCUGUGCACAGCUCUCUUUGUGGCGUAUGCAAUACAAGGGAAGCCCCUGGUGCAAUGGGGAAGAGAAAUGAUGAAAGUUGUGCCGAUGGCAGAGGAAUACUGCAAGAAGACCAUUCGUCACAUGGCAGAAUAUCAGGAGCACUGGUUUUACUUUGAAGCCAAGUGGCAGUUUUACUUGGAGGAGAGAGAAAUCAAUGAGGAGAACCAGAACAAAGCCGUCUUUCCUGACAACUAUGAUGCAGAGGAGAGAGAAAAGACAUAUCGCAGAUGGAGUUCUGAAGGUCGGGGUGGGAGACGGGGCCACGAUGCCCCAAUGAUCGCCUACGAUGCCCUGCUGGGGUGUGGCGGGGACUGGACAGAGCUCUGCAACCGCUCCAUGUUCCACGGAGGAGAAAGUGCAGCGACGGGAUCUAUUGCUGGCUGCCUCUAUGGGCUGGUGUACGGCCUGAGCAAGGUUCCUAAGGGCAUGUACCAGGAUCUUGAGCAAAGAGAGAGGCUAGAGUACUUGGGCGAGAACCUUUACCGACUGUCCAUGGAGGAAAAGUAAAACUGUCUCUGCCAUUUUCUCUUUCUCUAAAGACUAUAUCAAAUCCUGUAGAUAACUGUCCAACUUUAAUGAUGAAGGAAUUAGCUGAGAGUUAAUCUGGAAGGAUGUAUGUAGAUUGUGUGCAAGUGAAGAUAGCUGAAUAACUGAAGAACAACUAGGUAUUUACAGUGUUUGUGGGUUUUUUUUUUACAGAUGUAGGGAUUUUUGAAUAUAAAUACUGCUGCCUAAGCCCGUGAGAUAAUCUCAAAUGGAAAAAAAUCAAUAAAAACUUUUGACUGAUUUCAGUCUAACUUGCUAUAAUACCACUUUCUAAACCGCUGUGAGCAGUAAUUACACACACAAAAUUAAUUUUGAGAACUAAUGCUUUCUUGCAGAACUAAUGGUAGUGCCCACUUAUGGGGAUAUUCUCUGUAUACUUGACAAUCCUUUCACCACUGCUGUUUUACCAUGUUCUCAAAUCUAAUGUGUCUGUGACACUUGUAAAUCUACUAUCUCACGGAUUAUCCUUUAAUGAACCGCUGAUCCUCGCAUCAGCACUGUGGUGCAAGGUAUUGUUACAUUGCAAGCUUCCAGAAAAGGAAAAGCCAACACUAAAAAUACCCCUAAGGAUAAGCAAAAUAAUCUGCGUCCAAAAUUUCUGAAUUGUACUUUUGUCAUACUUCAGUCUUCAGAGCACACUUUUUUAACAAUACAACUGGCUGAAAUAUUUGUAAAUAAAUGAAUCUUACACUAUUUCCCAAACAUCAUAAUUUAUUUUUAGACUGAACAGAUUAUAUGUUGCUGUAUCAGUAUCUGAAUUUUUGGCUGAGAUCUUCAAGCAGUUGUAAUAGGUCAACAGUCAGGCUGUGAUACAUUUCACAAGUCUGAGAAACAGAACCCCUGGAAAUAAAACCGCUACAACUACUCUUUUUCUUUUUUUCCUU